AUGGCGAAGGAAUUGGAAAAGGAGCUAGAUUUAUAUUAUUAUUUUGAAAAAACUAUUGUUAGAUUCUGUGCUCAAUUUAUCAUGUAUGAUAAGAAAUAUGAGCCAGUAUCCUUAAGUAGAAUUAUGCAAAUUGAAGAUCUAAACAAGAAAUAUAAGCAGUUUAAUAAUUAUACUCAAAACAAGACCAAGUUAUGGCUUGAAAGAUUU